UCAGAAGUUUACAUACGCGAAGAUGACUGUGUCUUUAAACAGCUUGGAAAAUUCCAGAAAAUUAUGUCAUGGCUUUAGAAGCUUCUGAUAGGCUAAUUGACAUCAUUUGAGUCAAUUGGAGGUGUACCUGUGGAUGUAUUUCAAGGCCUACUUUCAAACUCAGUGCCUCUUUGCUUGACAUCAUGGGGAAAUUAAAGGAAAUCAGCCAAGAACUCAGAAAAAAAUUGCAGACCUCCCACAAGACUGGUUCACCCUUGGGAGCAAUUUCCAAAUGCCUGAAGGUAAGCCGUUUAUCUGUACAAACAAUAGUAUGCAAGUAUAAACACCAUGGGACCACACAGCCGUCAUACCGCUCAGGAGGGGAGGCGCAUUAUGUCUCCUAGAGAUAAACGUACUUUGGUGUGAAAAGUGCGAAUCAAUCCCAGAACAGCAAAGGACCUGGUGAAGAUGCUGGAGGAAACAGGUGCAAAGGUAUCUAUAUCCACAGUGAAACGAGUCCUAAAUUUACAUAACCUGAAGGGCCGCUCAGCAAGGAAGAAGCCAAUGCUCCAAAACCACCAUAAAAAAAGCCAGACUACAGUUUGCAACUGCACAAUGGGACAAAUAUUGUGUUUGGAGGAAAAAGGGGGAGACUUGCAAGCCGAAGAACACCAUCCCAAACGUGAAGCACAGGUGUGCAGCAUCAUGUUGUGGGGGUGCUUUGCUGCAGGAGGGACUGACUGGUGCACUUCACAAAAUAGAUGGCAUCAUGUGGAGGGAAAAUUCUGUGGGAAGCUUGUGGAAGGCUACCCGAAACGUUUGACCCAAGUUAAACAAUUUAGAGGCAAUGCUCCCAAAUACUAAUUGAGUGUAUUUAAACUUCUGACCCACUGGGAAUGUGAUGAAAGAAAUAAAAGCUGAAAUAAAUCACUCUCUCUACUAUUAUUCUGACAUUUCACAUUCUUAAAAUUAAGUGGUGAUGCUAACUGACCUACGACAGGGAAUUUUUACUAGGAAUUAAUGUCAGAAAUUGUGAAAAACUGAGUUGAAAUGUAUUUGACUAAGGUGUAUGUAAACUUCCGACUUCAAGUGUAUCAAGUAAUUCACCCACAAAACUGACUGAGUGUGGACUAAACAGGUGUGACCUGGAAAAACGUCCAGGACAGAGUGAGAUGUAGGACAUUCAUCAACUGCCUAUGAGUUUAAGUCAAGUAAAUUUCAUUAAAUCCUCAGAGGUACACCAAGAUAGCCAGAAGCAUCUCAUAGGCGAGAAUGAAAUGAAAGGGCACUUGGGGCGUAUUACAUACCAACUGCUAUUUCUCUCAACCAUGUCAUUGUCUGUAGCCUACAGUAUAAUUGUGGGUGUGUUGGGGGGAAAAGCAAUUCUGUUCAAACCAAAUGGUCGACUAAAUGUGUUAUAUUUUAUUAUGUUCUAUUCUACAAUGCAUUCAGUAGAAGACAAGUCUCAUAAUUUUGGGGGAAGAUUUGAUGAUCUGACUGAUAACAACCAGCAUCAUGGUCCUCGUGGAAAACAGACUAUUCAUUUGUGAGGAUGAUAUUCCAAGAUUAAACCUGGCAUAUAAAGUCACUCACUACAUUCUUCAAAAUGUCGAAAUUGGAAUUGAUCUUCAUCCAACUAGAUCUCACGGUUUCACCAAGUUAACUUUUAUCGAUUCUGACGUUUAUCCACGUUUCUUCAAACGUCAAAUUCUAUUUCGAUGUCAAUUUUGAGUCAUCUGGCUGCUUCAUGCGCAUUGUGAUGUCAACUCUUAACCUUCACAGACAGAGCCCGUCGAAGAAGGCGUGGUUUGGUGACGCAUUGCGACUGGAGCAGAAUCGGUGUGCCGGGGAGGCGUGUGUCCCUCUCCCAUCCAAAGAGCCUGGAAGCAAACGAGCCGCAAAAGCGACUGGAUUUAACGCAACAGCAUUGACGCUCCAACAGAAUGCCGCUAAAGAAUGCAUUCUAGCUGGAAAUGCAAGGGGGCACCAAACAGGCGCAGUAUUUUAUUGAAAAUCUCUAUUAUGCUUAUAAUAAUCUGAAAUAUGGCUGAAGUGAAGUCGAGGUGAGUUGCUCUGUUGCUCAGACAACUUGCUCUCGGGAGCUGCGCACUCAUCUCCAUCCCGUUUUAUCGGAUGAAAAUAAACGGAUAGAUAGCCUACACUCGUUUUUGUUCUUCUAUUAUUCGAUAAUCACUCAAUUGUGGAAUCAUGUCGAUGGGACAGGACGAAAGCUCAGUCCGGGUGGCUUUGAGGAUCCGUCCUCAACUGGCACGGGAGAAGAUUGAGGGAUGUCACAUCUGUACGUUUGUGACCCCUGGGGAGCCCCAGGUGAUGCUGGGUAAAGACAAGGCGUUUACAUACGACUAUGUGUUCGACAUGGACUCCUGUCAGGACAGCAUCUAUGCUGACUGCACUGAGAAACUGAUCGAGGGCUGCUUCGAAGGAUACAACGCCACCAUCUUUGCCUACGGCCAGACGGGGUCAGGUAAGACGUACACCAUGGGUACAGGGUUUGAUGUGAACAUCGGGGAGGAGGAGCUGGGCAUUAUUCCCCGGGCAGUAACCCACCUCUUCAGGGGCAUCGAGCAGCGGCAGCAGGCUGCUAAAGAGCAGGGACGUCCCAUGCCUGAGUUCAAGAUCAACGCACAGUUCCUGGAGCUUUACAAUGAGGAGGUGCUGGAUCUGUUUGACUCUACGAGGGACCUGGAGGCUCGGACGCAGAAAUCCCACAUUAAGAUCCACGAGGACGCUAAUGGAGGAAUCUACACAGUGGGGGUGACCACACGGACUGUAGCCUCCGAGGCAGAGAUGAUGCAGUGUCUGAAGCUGGGUGCUCUAUGUCGUACCACGGCCAGCACCCAGAUGAAUGUCCAGAGCUCCCGUUCUCAUGCCAUCUUCACCAUUCACCUGUGCCAAGUCAGAGUCUGUGCAUCCGACAAUGACAACAACGAGACGGACAACAAGGUUGCUAACAGCAACUCAGAGAUGGAAGAGUAUGAGACACUGACGGCUAAGUUUCACUUUGUGGACCUAGCCGGGUCAGAGAGACUGAAGAGAACAGGGGCGACCGGAGACCGAGCUAAGGAGGGAAUCUCCAUCAACUGUGGACUGCUUGCUCUUGGAAAUGUAAUCAGUGCUUUGGGAGACCGAAGCAAGCGAUCCACACAUGUGCCUUACAGAGACUCCAAACUCACCCGGCUUCUACAGGAUUCCUUGGGUGGAAAUAGCCAAACGAUGAUGAUAGCGUGCAUCAGCCCGUCUGACCGGGACUUUAUGGAGACCCUGAAUGCACUGAAGUAUGCCAACAGAGCCAGGAACAUUAAGAACAAGGUGAUGGUGAACCAGGACAAGGCCUCCCAGCAGAUCUCUGCUCUCAGGACAGAGAUCGCCAGGCUACAGAUGGAACUCAUGGAGUACAGGACGGGUAAGCGUAUGGUGGGUGAGGACGGUAUGGAGAGCAUCAACGACAUGUUCCAUGAGAACAGCAUGCUGCAGACAGAGAACAGCAACUUGAGGAUCAGGGUCAAGGCCAUGCAGGAGACCAUUGACGCACAGAGGGCCAGACUCACACAGUACCUCAGUGACCAGGCCAACCAGGUCCUGGCCAGGGCAGGUGAGGGGAAUGAAGAGAUUGGGAACAUGAUCCAGAGCUACAUCAAAGAGAUUGAGGAUCUCAGAGCCAAACUCCUGGAGAGUGAGUCUGUGAAUGAGAACCUUCGUAAGAACCUGUCCCGUGCCUCUUCACGGCAGUCCUUUUACCCCGGAACCUUCUCCUCUGCCCUACUGGCCCCUGAGAAGGAGGCUUCCGACAUCAUUGAGAUGGCAAAGAAAGACCUGGAAAAACUCAAGAAGAAGGAGAGGAAGAAGAAGAAGAGUGUUGUCAAGGAGGAAGUCCCUGACAACGACCAACACAAUGGGACAGAAAAAGAGCUGACUGAGCGGUCCAAUGAGGAGCCUGAGACGGAGGGGCAGGAGGGGAGUGACCACGAGGAAGAGGACGAUGAGGAAGAGGAGGAGAUGGAUGUGGAGGAGAGCUCUGAUGAUUCAGACUCGGAAUCAGAUGAGAAAGAGAACUUCCAGGCGGACCUGGCCAACAUUACAUGUGAAAUUGCCAUCAAGCAGAAGCUGAUCGACGAGCUGGAGAACAGCCAGAGGCGUCUGCACACGCUCAAGCAGCAGUACGAACAGAAACUGAUGAUGCUGCAGAGCAAGAUCAGAGACACACAGCUGGAGAGGGACAAGGUGCUGCAGAACAUGGGCUCGGUGGAGACGUGCAACGACGAUAAGGCUAAGAAGAUCAAGCAGGGGUAUGAGAAGAAGCUAAGUCUCAUGAAUAAGGAGCUACAGAAGCUACAGUCAGCCCAGAAGGAACACACACGCCUCCUCAAGAACCAAUCAAAGUACGAGACACAGCUCAAGAAGCUCCAACUGGACGUCACGGAGAUGAAGAAGACAAAGGUUCGUCUGAUGAAGCAGAUGAAGGAGCAGCAGGAGAAGAACAGAAGGACAGAUUCCAGGAGGAGCAGAGAGAUCGCCAGCCUUAGGAAGGACCAACGCAAACAGGAGCACCAGCUGAAGCUACUGGAGGCCCAGAAGAGACAACAGGAGCUCAUACUGCGUAGGAAGACUGAGGAGGUAACUGCACUGAGGAGGCAGGCCAGACCUAUGUCUGGUAAGGUGACCAGCAGGAAGGUGAGUUUACCAGAGGCCCUCCAGGACUCCUCCCACCGACCCCCCUCAGGACGCUUGCAAUCCUCUGGAUCCACCGCACCUAACGGAACCAGGUCCUACUACAGACGGUCAACGGGCAUAUAUUCUACCAGAGUGGCCAAAGUGAAGUGGCAGUCUCUGGAGCGCCGUAUCUCUGAUGUCAUCAUGCAGAGGAUGACCAUAUCCAACAUGGAGGCCGAUAUGAACCGCCUGCUCAAGCAACGUGAGGAGCUGACCAAGAGGAGGGAGAAGGUGACCAGAAAGAGGGACAGGCUGGCGGGGGAGGGGUCUGAGGAAGAGAAGGUGGUGUUUCCCCUCAACGAGGAAGUGGACACCCUGAUGGCCAACAUCGAUUACAUCAACGACAGCAUCGCAGACUGCCAGGCCAACAUUAUGCAGAUGGAGGAGGCCAAGGAGGAGGUUGACACGGUGGAUGUUUCCGCAGUGAUCAGCUCCUGCACCCUAACAGAAGCCCGUUUCCUGAUGGGCCACUUUAUUUCUAUGGCCAUCAACAAGGGUCUGCAGGCAGCACAGAAGGAGUCCCAGGUGAAGGUGAUGGAGGGCAGGCUGAAGCAGACAGAGAUCACCAGCGCCACUCAGAACCAGCUGCUGUUCCACAUGCUGAAAGAGAAGGCAGAGUUUAACCCCGAACUAGAUGCCCUGCUGGGGAAUGCUCUACAAGAGCUUGGUAACAUGCCAGUGGAGAAUGGGGAUGACAGCAGCAGUGACGAAUUCACCCAGAGUCCUGCAACAGACGGACACUCACUGACAUCAGAUCUAAUGAAACUCUGUGGAGAGGCCAAAACAAGGAGCAAGGCUCGUAGGAGAACCACCACUCAGAUGGAGCUGCUCUACGCCAAAAGUGACUCCGUCCCUGACACGCCUUCUGGCGAUUUCUCCUCCCCCUGUCUCCCAUUGGUUGAAACUCCAGAAGAGGGCAGAGAUCCCGAGACCCCCAUUGGCUCGUCAGUCAGGGACAGGGACUAUAUGGCUCAUUCUCCCGGCUUGUCCUCUAAGAUGGGCAGCAUACCUGCCUCCUCCUCAGGGGCGGAAAAAAGAGUUCCAGAGCCCUCGCCGCUCUCUCGCAGGAAGACCUAUGACAAGACACAAUUGGCGGCUAAGGUCAAGGAGAUCAAACAAGGGGUGAUCAACCCAGUGCCUUCCUCAAAGGGCAGUCGGUCAGCAACACUGCAGUGUGUCCACGUGGCUGAGGGUCACACUAAAGCCGUGCUGUGUGUUGACUCUACCGAUGACCUCCUCUUCACCGGCUCCAAAGACCGUACGUGUAAGGUGUGGAACCUAGUGACAGGUCAGGAGAUCAUGUCACUGACAGGUCACCCCAACAAUGUGGUGUCAGUUCGCUACAGCUCCAGCCUGGUCUUCACCGUCUCCACCUCCUACAUCAAGGUCUGGGACAUCCGAGACUCAGCCAAGUGCAUCCGCACCCUCACGUCUUCUGGUCAGGUGACCCCGGGCGACGCCUGUGCGUCUAGCACCAACCGGACUGUCACCAUCCCGGCAGGAGAGAACCAGAUCAACCAGAUCGCACUCAACCCCAGUGGCUCUGUCCUGUACGCCGCUGCCGGCAACUCUGUCAGAGUCUGGGACCUAAGAAGAUUUGUAUCCACAGGGAAGCUGACUGGUCACCUGGGUCCAGUCAUGUGUCUGACUGUGGACCAGAGUGGGAACGGUCAGGAUCUGGUCAUCAGCGGAUCCAAGGACCAUUACAUCAAGCUGUUUGACGUGACAGAGGGGGCCCUGGGUGCUAUCAGCCCCACACACAACUUUGAGCCUCCCCACUACGAUGGCAUCGAGUCCUUGGUGGUGCAGGGCGACGUCCUCUUCAGCGGCUCCAGGGACAACGGCAUUAAGAAGUGGGACCUAGACCGCAAAGACUUACUGCAGCAAGUGCCCAACGCCCAUCGUGACUGGGUGUGUGCCCUGGGUGUGGUGCCUGGCUCUCCGGCCCUGCUGAGCGGCUGUAGAGGAGGGGUGCUCAAGCUGUGGCACGCAGACACACUGGGGGCCCUUGGGGAACUCAAGGGCCACGAGAGCCCCAUCAACGGCAUCUCCACCAAUAGCAGCCACCUCUUCACAGCGUCUGAUGAUCGAACAGUGAAGAUCUGGCGUGCGGGCGGACUCGACAGCACCUUAGACACGACGGCGGACACAGCUGAUGAGGUGGCCAGUAACUGAACAUGGCCGGGACCUCCCACCGUGACCCUAAACCUGGGAUGCUGCUGACUAGCACUUUGACCUCUGACCCUUAGCCUUGGAAACCACCCACAGCCCCCCACAUACUAUAACCAAGACAACAGUCCCCAAGAAUGAAAUCUUAUCUCAGCAAAAGUAGCUGUAGUCGUUUCCCAGAGUGAGAUACUGUAGAUUUAUCCCUAGAAAAAUGUCUCCCUAGCUAAAUGUAUCUAGUCUAACCUGUGUGGCCGUAGCACUGGCCUGUGCAGAAUAAACCCUAUUUUUGCUUCAUAGACAUCCUUCCGUCUCCGCUCGUAUCAAGUAUUGAGUGAGCCCACGCAAACACACACACACACACACACACAUAAACACAAAUAGAGGCAGAUCUUGAGUGUUUUUCUGUGCUGGGGGAGGAAAUUAGAUGAAAGGAAGGUAAAGACCGGGCUUUGUUGCAGGCCUUCAAGACCCGGACCUGGUUCUCGGACCAGACCCGGACCAGCAAAGGAAGAGAAGCCUUUCUUCUGCAUUGUAAGCAGAACCACUGUCCUCAACCCUGCUGUCCCUUACGCGAUAUCAACGUGGCUUUACGUGAACUGACACCCCCUUAAGUCGCUCGGUUUUGAUGUUCUUUUGCUUUGAAUUCAGCACCCGCUUUCCAUGGGUGACCAAAUCAUGAAACUUCUCUUGUACUUUACCUGUGAACUGGAUACUGUACAUUAACUAACACUACUCUUGUAGCCACUAGCAAAACACCUUCAGUCAGUCACCUCUCUGCUUCCUUAGUCUUUAUACUUAGUCCUUCCUUACUCUCUAUGUGCAAAUACAAUGUCUCUUUGAGGAUACACUGACUCUUCACUCGUCCACUACUCGUCAUUUAGCAAUUGUAUGAUUUUCCACUUGAUGCUAUUCCCUCUAAUAAGUUAAUAACUAACCUAAUGGCCUUGCUGCUAAGUUGUUUGCUCACCUAUGACCCAUAGAGGGCUUCUGUUCUGGACUCCAGGUGAGAUACACUUGGUAACAGUAGUUACAUACUUAAUAUAAUAGUCUGAAGUGUGAGGAAGAGAGGAGCCUUUUAUCUGUGCCUGUACUGUAAAGCUCUCCCAAUCCUGGUCUGGGAAGACCCCUAUGUACGGUGGUUUAUCGUGUUUGUGUCAGUUUUGCUGUACAUUUCAACUGGCCUAUUUGUGAUUGGUGUGAGCUGAACUAACUGUCAAAUGAUGUAUUGGAUCCACUGUCUGCUGGGACUAUUGAAUGUUAAAGUAGUAGGAGCAGCAGCCAACACAAUAUGUGUAUACGUAAACAGUAUUAUACAAAGAAAUAAACUGAAGGUUUGUUUUGUUGAUCACCAAAUUGCGCUCCCGAAUGGGUAACAAAUGACCAGAAUUGGGAGACUGUGUUCUAACAGCACUCAUCUCUUUUGAACAGAACCCCUCUCCCUGGCCCCGAGUCAGCCUGUUAUGUUUCCUGGGGAUGCAUCCAAAAUGGCACCCUAUUACAUAGUGCACUACAUUUGACCAGGACCCAUGGAUGCUGUUCAGAAGUUGUGCACUAUAAAGGGAACAGGGUGCCAUUUUCAGAUGCAGCCCUGCUCUGAUUUUAUUGAAUUGUUCUCUUGAAAGAAGCUGUAUGUAUUCAAACCAGUCCUGGGUUCCCCUCUGGAGUUUUGCUGUAGAUGUCAUUCCCUAAAAUGGCUGACUCUGUACUGUAGCAGAUCUAAUGUCAGAUGCCUGGCAAAAUAAAUGUCAUCUGUCAAAAACCA